AUGGCUACUAACCAUGGUAAUAGUAUUUGCGGUUUAAGAGAUUGUGUACCAAUUUUAAAAGGAAUUGCAUUGGUCACCACCAGUCUAUAUGCAGGAUCAUCAUUAUAUAUCUCAAUGUGUGAACAUCCAUCUCGUAUGCUUUUACCUAAUGAGUUUGCAUUAAAACAAUGGAAAAACUCAAUACAAGGUGCCAAAAAACUUCAAUGCGGUUUGGUUGCUCUAGCCAGUGCUUCAUCUCUCUUAACAUUUGGUUCAAUUGCUAAUGCAAUCUGCCAUGCUACUGCCACUACUUCAAACGCCAUAAGUGAUUCAGUUCGUCAUUGCUGCCACUGUAAAGGUACAACAUGGUUAGCCAGCGGUCUUUUAAUGGCUUCAAUAGUUCCAAUUUCAAAAUUAUGUAUGGAACCAAUUUGUAAACAAUUAAAUUCAAAUACAAUUGAUACAUUUGAUGAUUCCACUCGUCAACUUUUAAACAAAUGGGGUAAAUGUAAUUGGGUUAAAACCCUCAUCAGUUUAGGUGCUGUUUCAUUAUUAUACUGUAAACUUUUCAGACACUCACACAUUUUCUUAACCACCAAAUAAUAAUAUUUCCAAAAACCACUUUGAAAAAAAAAAAAAAAUAAUCUUUAAAUAAAGUUAUAAUUAAUUUU